GUUAGAGAAAGGGACGCGAGCUGUAUCCAAACUUCCGGUGCCUGCAGAGUGCGGAGCGGCGGUGGCAAAGAGAGAGGCUGCACAGGCAGAGGUUGCAGGGCGGACCCGCGGCCCGGCGCAGCCAUGGUGAAGAUCAGCUUCCAGCCUGCGGUGGCCGGCAUCAAGGGCGACAAGGCCGACAAGGCUUCGGCCCCGGCCCCGGCGCCGGGCCCGGCCGCUGAAAUCCUGCUGACGCCGGCUCGGGAGGAGCGGCCCCCCUACCACCGCUACAAGAAGGGGGGCUCUGUGGGCGGCGUGUGCUACCUGUCGAUGGGCAUGGUCGUGCUGCUCAUGGGCCUCGUGUUCGCCUCUGUCUACAUCUACAGAUACUUCUUCCUUGCUCAGCUGGCCCGAGACAACUUCUUCCACUGUGGAGUCUUCUACGAGGACUCCCUGUCCUCCCAGAUCCGCACUCGGAUGGAGCUGGAGGAAGAUGUGAAGAUCUACCUCGAAGAUAACUACGAGCGCAUCAAUGUGCCCGUGCCCCAGUUUGGCGGCGGUGACCCCGCAGACAUCAUCCACGACUUCCAGCGGGGUCUGACAGCCUACCACGACAUCUCCCUGGACAAGUGCUAUGUCAUCGAGCUCAACACCACCAUCGUGCUGCCCCCUCGAAAUUUCUGGGAGCUCCUUAUGAACGUGAAGAGAGGGACCUACCUCCCACAGACGUACAUCAUCCAGGAGGAGAUGGUGGUCACAGAACAUGUCAGCGACAAGGAGGCCCUGGGCUCCUUCAUCUACCACCUGUGCAACGGGAAGGACACCUACCGGCUGAGACGCCGGGCUACUCGGAGGCGGAUCAACAAACGAGGGGCCAAGAGCUGCAAUGCCAUCCGCCACUUCGAGAACACCUUCGUGGUGGAGACCCUCAUCUGCGGGGUGGUGUGAAGGCCUCCCUCCCACCACCCCCACCCCUGCGCACCUCCUCUCUUUUCUUCAGCUACUCUCUGGCCCUCCUCCCCACCUCACUUCGCUUGUACUGUGGACACCUUCCCAUAGAUGUGAUGUGUCUCCCUGUUCCUCUCUAGCCCUGCCUACUUCCCUGUACCAGAGCUGUGACCUCUCUAGGCCCCUGCCUCCACUGACCACCCCCCCCUGGGUCUUGAGGACAGAGGGGGUACCCCAAGAUGGUUUCUGUGACCACCAUCUUGAAGUCAGGUCCUCUGGGACCCAGCCCAGAGCUGUACUGGCAGCCCAGGGGAAGUACUGGAUGGAGGGGCCGGGCAUGUGGGGGUCCUGGGUGAGGGGAGGGGAGGGGACAGGGUGAGGGCAAGGGUAUGGAGUGGGGUUCAGAAACGUCUGCACAGUUGGGAGAGUCCCAAAGGCUUUUUCCUUGAAUGGCACACUUCCUCCUGUGUCCCAGCUCCUGGAUCUGGGCUGAGGAUGGGGUAAUGUGCCCAGCGAUGGACCCACCCAGAGCCCAAGGGAAGGCAGUUGUCCUGGGGGUCUCCCAGGACUCCCAUCAGUGCCUUCAGCCCACCAGAGGGAACCCAGAGUUUGGGGGGUGGUGGGGAUAAGUUUGUCAAGCACAAUCGUUUGAGUGGAACCAAAGAAGGGAGGAGCCAGGACCCCUUGCGCUGGCCCCCCAGAAGCACAAGCGGGUUCCCGCAGCCACAGCGGAGCUGGGUAGAGGAGGGUCUCCUCACCCUGUGGGGCUGAGCACAGCACAGAACCUGCCGGCUGUAGGUCCUGCCGAGCAGGUGGGGCUCCUUGUCUUCUCUAAGUGCUUGGAGCUGCUUGAGAAGAUGACGGGAGGGAGAGCACCUGGUACUUGCACAUCCUGCCUCCUCUUUGUUCUGAAAUUCCAUCCUCCUCUGCUUUGGGGGAAUGCACCGUUUUUUCCUUCUCACUUUUGCAUGUUUUUACUGAUCAUUCGAUGUGCUAACCUUUCUGAGCUCUGAGCCUCGAAGAGGCGGGCUCCAACGCCUCCAGUCAGACCUAGGUGCUCCCUGGAGAUGAAACUCUUAAACGCUUUGUAUAUUUUCUCAAUUAGAUCUCUUUUCAGAAGUGUCUGUAGAACAAUAAAAAUCUUCGACUUCUGACUGA